GACCAGAAGAAAAAAAGCAUCAACAAUGAUUUGGUUUGUCAAGACAAAUUUAAAAAUUUAUAUGCUUAUCACACCUCAAGCUGAAUGAACAUAAAACAACACAUCAAGUUUUAAGUCGAUGUUCCUGUAUAUAAAACAAAAAGCAACAGCAUAGCCAUAAAACAAUUAGAUUAAACAGCUAAAAAUAGAUUGUGAUCAUGGAGAAAUAAUAAAACAAAAGAUACCAAUGUUUGAUGUCUAUAAUUAUGGAAAUGGAUGAAAGUCUGAAGAUUAUUCAUGUGCUUGGAAUAAGUAACUAAAGUGGUCAAAGGUACCAGUAGAAGUAAAAUGGCCGACAUGUUUCAUGGACUGGAAGAAGUUACUAGUUUUAGUGAAAACAGUGAAGACAUUCCGAGUAUUUUCCAACAGUUUGAUGUGCUGGUAACCAAUAGAAAUAAAAAUAAGAAGGACGAUUUAGUCGAAAACUUGAGGAAACCAGGUCACAACCACGCUUUGGAUAAAAUGAUGCUUCAGCAUUUGAAUAAAAAGUUGAAACCGAAAAGAAAAGUGAGCAGCGUUCCUUUACUGUACAUUCCCGGUGAAACAAACUCAUCAAUAGUUACGAUUGAUCAAGAAACAUUCAGGGGUUUAGUUGGAAACCCAAAACCAAAACAAAGACAAAGUAGAAAAAAGGAACCAAAGACAAAUGAUUUGGAAGAUAGUAAGGUACCCAUAUCACAAACAUUACCUUUUGAAAUUGAAACUGUUUUACAGGAAGUUGAAACUGUUCAGUUGAAUGAGGGUAACUGUGUUAAAAAUCAAAAAGUGGAAUGUGCUAUUUGCGGGGUGAAAUUUGAGAACAGUUUAAGGUUAAAACAACACUCUCGGGUGCAUAGAAGAUGUAUAAACAACGGUAGAAGAUAUUCACCAAAGAAGACAUUGUGUUACCCUUAUUUAAUUCCAGAAAAUUUUGCAAAUAGAAUUAACAGUCAUGGUGGGGAUAUGUCUAAUAAAGAUGGUAAUAAAAAAGGACAACUUUCAACAAAAACUGUAGGACAAUGUCCUCAAGACAUUUCAUCAUCAGUCGCCAUGCCGAUAGUUUUAACCAAUGGAAAAACAACUUGUGUAUCAAUUAAUGAAAACCUUGUGAAUACCUUCUCUGAUCCUAAAAAUGGAGCAAUUCUUUCAAAUAUUUUGCAGAACUUUGUACAACAGGACAAAAACAAUAGCACAAAUUCUAAUUCAGACAGAAGCGAAAAUUCUCAGCCGAUAACAAUUACAGAUAUUGUUCUUUCAGAUAAAAAUUUGUCAGAAACAGAUGCCCAUUUGAUAGUAUCUGAUGAGUCUGUUUGUACUAAAGGCAAUAAACACAUUACCUCAAAUAUUUAUGAAAGCUCUAAAUCCAUUAACAGUAAAAGAGAAUUCAGUGGUAGCGUAAAUUCCAAUUUUAGCAAUACUGAAAACGUUCGACAGAAGAUCACAAAACGUAAAAGCAAGAUAGAAAAUCUGAGCAAUGGUAAUGCCGAAUCCGAAAGUAAAAUGGUGGAGGACAGGAGUGAGAAUGUUUACAAUGAUUCAAAUAGUAACCAAUCAGAACCUUGUGUUGAAGAAAUUAACCAAUCAGAAUCUUUUGUUGACAAAACAAACGAUACAGUAAGAACACAGUGUAAUACACAUAGAAAUAUGAAUACAAAUAUAAAUAUGAAAAGUUCUUCCAAAAGCUCUUCUUUUUGUCAGAACACUUUUACGCUAACAGCGGAAAUUCAUGCUCCAGCAUUUGAUAAUGCUUGUAAUUGGAGAAUAUCUAAUAAUGAGGUAAAAACUUUCAAUGGUGAAUCGUGUCAGGGAAUUGAAAAUGCUAGUGAAACUGAAACAGAACAAGAAAAAUCUGCUCAUUCAGAAUAUAUGCCAAGUAUACAAGAACUUGAGAAAGGUGCAUUAAUGGCAUUGAAGAAAUUAUCAGCACAGACAAGUCCAAGGAAGGGAAUUUACUCCCCAUCAGCACUGGCAAGUCCAAUGAAAGGAAGUAACUCUUUAUCAGCACAGGCUGCAAGUCCAGUAGAGGAAGGUAACUGUUUAUCAGCACAGGCAAGUCCAAUGAAGGAGGUUAACUCAUUAUCAGCACAGACAAGUCAAACUAUGGGAAGUCCAAAGAAGGGCAGUAACUCUUUAUCAGCACAGGCUGCAAGUCCAAUGAAGGGAAGUAACUGUUUGUCAGCACAGGCAAGUCCAAUGAAGAGGGUUAACUCGUUAUCAGCACAGACAAGUCUAAUGAAGGGAAGUAACUCUUUAUCCAAUAGAACUCCAUGCAAGAGAAGAAUGCUUGUUAGGUCUGUGCAGAAAGACCAUUGUAAUGGGGAUCAGUCAAGUUAUAAUGCUGAACAAAGGGAGAUAAGUUUUCCAGUGACUGAAAAGAGUACAAAUAGGGGAGAUAAUGUCAGAACUUUGUGCAAUCAAACUGAAACAAACGGGUCUCCUUGUACUAGAAUGGUGGAAUUUGUCAAACAAAUAGAACAAAUCUGCAAAAAUAAACAUUGCUUAGGAAUAAAUGAUCUGGAAGGUAAACAAAGUCAAAACGAAAGUGAGGUUAUGAUUUCUGAUAGAAAUGGAGAGUCCUCAGUUUUUUCGAGUCCGCCAUAUUUGGAUGAUUUAUCAUUCAGAAACACAACAAAAUACUGUGGAAUUUCGUUAAACAAUGACCAACAAAAUGAAGGAAUUGAAACUAUUCAGAACCACCAAGAUUAUAUUUUAAAUGAUUCUUUUUGCUCAAGAACAUCUAGUUACUAUGACAACAUGAAGCGAUACAAAAGCUGGAAGAAUCAGUCUGUUGAUUCAGAAAAAUUAAAUUCUAAUCAUAGAAAUCAUGUUUGUGAUUUGGAAGAUCGAGCUGUGAUUUUAAACAAUAAUCAUGUUUGUGAUUUUGAUGAUCAGUCUGUUAUUUUGAACAAUAAUCAUGAUUCUGAUGAAGUUAUUCAAAACUCAUGCAAAUCGGGUGAUGAGGCUCACAUUUUAGAUAAUGAAGACAAAAAUUCAGAGAAAUUAACAGCAGGAUUUUGUGUGCGUAAAAAUAACUCAAAUAGGCUCAAAGAAGAUGGUAAAAUUGCACACAAUUCUGACACACCAAACUUUCCGACAGCAGAAUGUUCUGAGCUUGACGGUAAGAUGCAAGAAAAUAGGAAUAUUGCACAAAAUUUAACAGGAUGCUAUGAGCUUAAAAAUAUGAAUGAAGUAAAUGCAACAGUUACACAAAAUUUUGAAAGACCUUUAGCAGAUUUGUGUGAGCUUGAAAACGUGCAAGAAGAUAAUUGUAAUGUUUUUGAGAACGAUGAAAUUUGCUAUCAUACAGAAACUGACAUUUUCACUGAUGGAAGCAUUGAACAAAGCCCCAGGAUGACACAGAUUGUAGAUCCAAGUCACAAGGAGGCUUUUCUAAGAUAUAGACAAUUGCAUUAUGACGACAGCAUUUUAAGAGAUGAAAAUAAUGAAAUAUUGGAUCAUGAUGCAAGUUUGUCAAAUUUCAGUUCUUCAGGGAAAAUAAGAAAUCAACAAUUGUUCAAAAGAAAAAUAUUUGAAGAUGAAACUAGUCUGGUUGCUAUGCAGACAGUUAAUAAUGAUCUUGAACAAAUCACAUUGAUUGAUGAAAAGGGAGAUAUUUUUGAAUGUUUACAAAAUCAGAAAAAGGGAGAUAAUCAGGAAUUGACGUUUGCUGAUUAUAACAAAAACACACAAAACAGAUCAUCUAUAGCAAAGAAUUUAUUUAAAAACUUUUGCAAAAAAAGAAGUUCAGGAUCAGAUACUGAUUGUAAUGUCUAUGCGGAAAUUAUGAAGUUACCAAAAAAUAAAGAUCAGUAUGAAGUUUGUUACGAAACUACAAGUACCGAUGAUUCUGAUGCGUCUGAUCAAGGAGAACUCCUUCAUAGAAAGACAACUGAUCACAAAUCUUUGUUGUUGAAGUGUUCUAGACUUUGUUCAUAUCUUGAAAAUAUGGAACGUAUGAAGUGCCAAAAAAGACUUCUCAAAUGUAGUGUAAAAGACAAAGUGUUGAAGACUCAGAAAAAAUCUAAAAAAUUGAAAAGUAAUGAGAGCAGUGCUCACAAGUCUGAGGCAUUUGAUAAAAACACGAACAAGGGUAAAAAUUUUAAAAAUGUUUCAAAAGAUACAAAAAAGAAGGAGCGAAAUAGUGAUAGAUUGAUUAAAGAUCGUGAUACUUUACAAUCUCAAAAUAGCAGGAAAAGAAAAGUGGAGCUACGCGAUCUCCAUGAUGGAAACUCAGUUGGAAAAUGUAGGAAAGUUUGCAAUAGUAAAAGAGAUGAUAUUAGGCAGGAUAAUGAAGAGCAGAGGAAAGAAGACAGCAAACUAAACAGCGGAAAAUUGGCAAGUACGGACGAUAAAUUAAAGACCAGUAACAAAAACAUUAAUGAGAAAUGCAGUACUGUGAAUAACAGGAAGAAAGAAUUGGAACUAGAUAACAAUAUAAAUUUGAGGAAAAGUCCAAGAAAACGCUUUGUAAAAAGUCCUGAUAAAACUGAAAAUCUAAAUCAACGUAAGGAAAGAAUAAACUGUGUUAUGAGUCAAAAGAAGGCUUCUCAAAAACAAAGACCGUCAAAAUUAUCUACUACAGAACCAUCUGAUAGCUGUGUAAGGAGCUUACGUAAAAGUCCAAGAAAAAGUCCAGCAAAAUUGAUUUUGACAGAAACUGGAGGAAAAAUUUUACGAAAAAGUCCUAGAAAAACUGGAAGUUCUUUAAAAGUAAUUUGUUUGUCUGAAGAGGAAAUCAGCCUCAAAAAUGGUCCUAGGAAAACUGUUAGUCCUUCAGAAGUCAUCUGUUUGUCUAAAGAUGAAAUUAUCCCUAGGAAGAGUCCUAGGAAAACAGUCAGUUGUUCAGAAGUCAUCUGUAUGUCUAAAGAUGAAAUCAUCCCAAGAAGGGGUCCUAGGAAAACAGUUAGUCAUUCAGAAGUCAUCUGUUUGUCUAAAGAUGAAAUCAUCCCAAGAAAGAGUCCUAGGAAAACAGUUAGUCAUUCAGAAGUCAUCUGUUUGUCUAAAGAUGAGAUCAUCCCAAGAAAAAGUCCUAGAAAGUUGAAAUGCAAAUACAAUUGUGUUAUGGACUGCUGUAGUUCAGUUAACAGAGAUAAAAAACUAAAUCUCAAUGUUAGCAAGUCAGAUAGUCUUCAGAAGAAGUCAAGUUUUGACAAAUGUAAUGAAAAGGGAGAAAAACUACAAACAAAAAACUUUGCUGGUAAAAAGCAAACAAAAAUGACAAUUAAUGCAAAAGGAAAAAAUGAGAGUGUUAAAAACUCAAGGAAAGAAAUAAAAGAAAAUGAGAAGAAAGGAGAAAAUAAUGAAAAAAUUGAAAGUCAGGUUAAAUGUAAAGGAAAAACAGAGAAAGAUAAGUUAAAAAUAAAAUUGUUUAGUAAUAUGUCAGGGAAGGAAAGAAUGGCAAGAGUGACAAAGUCAGGAAGAAAAACUGAUGUUAAUAAUUCAUACCUCCCACUUGCUACUAAAAAUAGAAAUAAUGGUCACAAACUCAGGGGCUGUAAGAAUACUUGUGAAAGUGAUUUGUUGGAUAGGUCAAAAACCAAUUUCUCCUUACCUAAACAGAAAAGUGAUAGGGGCAAAAAUGAAAGAGUGGAAUUACUUGCAAAUAAGUCUAGUAAGAAACUGAAGAUAAGUCCUGUAAAAUGUGUUCAGGAUUUUCCUCCAAAUAAAGUCCCUUGUUUUAAGACACCUGAAAAAGUGUUAGAUUUAAAAGAAUCAUCUAAUGUUUGUGUACAAAGUGCUGAAAAAAUGACCCCAAAAAAACGCUGGAAAGCAUUAUUCCACAGCCAGGCAAAUGAGAAUAAACAUAUAGAAUCUAUUGUUCAUAGCAAAAACAACCAAUCAGAAUUUAGUGUUGACCAGAGAAACCAAUCAGUAUCUAGUAUUGUUGAAGAAAGUAGCCAAUCAGGAACUAGUACUAGUGCUGUUGAUAAGAAUAACCAAUUAGAAUCUAAUUUUGACAAAAGAAAUCAAUCAGUGUCUAGUAAUGUUAAAGAAAUUAGCCAAUCAGAAUCUAGUAUUGCUGGUAAAAGUAACCAAUCAGAAUAUAGCAGAGGCAACAGGAGCCAAGAUAAAUGUACUGAACCUGAAUCUUGCAAAGAUAAAACAUUCGUGCUGAAUUCUCAAAAGACUUGUACAGAACUGAUUGAGACUCAAAACAUACAUAAUUCUGAGAAUAUCUCUCAAAUUCCAUAUUUUUUGUCAUUUGUUCACAGUGAAACUACAGAAAAUAAUAACAAUGUAGAAUUAAGUGUUAAUGACGAAAGAAACCAGACAGAACCUUGUGUUGAAAUAAUUAACCAAUCAGAAUCUUGUGUUGACAAAAAUAACCAAUUAGAACCUUGUGUAAAAAGAAGUAACCAUUCAGAAUCUUGUGAUGACAAAAGUAACCAAUUAGAAUCAAGUAUUGGAAAAAUCAACCAAUUAGAAUUCAGUGUUGCCAAAGUUAGCCAAUCAGAUUUAAGUAUUGACAGAAGUAACCAAUUAGAAUCAGGUUCAUUAACUAUUAUGCCAACAGCAGAGAUUGAAAAUUCAGAACAUUCUAUAAAUGAAUCUGAUGAUGAAUUUGAUAGUGAUGAAUCAUGGUUAGAUGCAAGUUUUUCUUGUGCAAGAUUUAUACAAUACAGUCAAGUUAGGAAUUCACUCAGAACACUACCAUUCAUUGAGCAAAUGAGAUUGUAGAAUAGUUUCUAAUGUGUUACCAUGGUGACUGGUUACUAGGGUUUUGAAUGAAACAAUCAUGUUGAUUUAGUAUUAGAAUAUAUUAUGACAGGUCAUUACAUUUAAGAGGGUCUGGAUAGGGAGUCCUUCAUUUCUUUAUUUUUAACUUUUUAGAACAUUUUUCUCUAUUCCUUUUUACCCUUAUUCUCUAUUCUUUAUAUUUCAGCACCCUAUUAUUCUCUAUACCUUAUUUUUUGGCCCAUUUUUCUCUAUUCUUUAUAUUUUUGGCUCUUUAUUUUGCAAUAUGAACCCAUUAUUCUCUAUUUUGUAACCCCCAUCCAGACCCUCAUUUAAAUUUCAGGCAAGAGGAAAAAAAAUCAAAUUGAGACAACUAUUAAUUGGUAUUUUAAAGUUCUUUGGUUUUUAAUCAUAUUAAGGAAAGAUUUUUUAGAUAGAAAUUAUUUUCUUUCAACAGUGACAGUUGUAAAUAUACCUAAAAUACUGUGGAGAUUAGAAAAAAACAUGAAUAAAUGACUUUUCUAUUAAAAAGAACAA